ACAGACUUUGACUUUCUCUUAAUUUUUCACCAUUACCAAUUUACACAAGCAAACGUUACCUUGUUCAGCUUGUAAAUAUGGCGAGAGAACAUUUUCUGUCCUAUUCUUUCAUCCUUGGACUCCUUUUGGUAUUUAAUGGAGCUGAAGGGCUUCAUUUGAGGGGGAGGUACGAUGGACUUCAAGAAAGAACGUAUCAACCAGGGAAGGAGUCCAGUCAGCCAUCAUUAGAGGACUUCCUACGACUAGUUUCUCGUGAAACCGAAAAACACAAUGACAAACAAAAAUGGCGAAAUCUGAGAAUCCUUGGGGAACAAGAAAGGGAAUUUGAGAAAAACGAUGACAACGAUGACGUAUUCGACGAAAAUUUAGAAGAUAACAACGAUGAAAUCCCUGAACUGGAUGUAAGACACUUUAGACACCAAGAUAUGGAGAAUGAGAAUGAUGACUGGGAGAAAAAAUCUGGGGAAGUAGGAAAUAAAAGCAAGAGAAAUGACAACGACGAUGGUAAGGAAGACGAUGACGACAAUGAGGAUGACAAGGAAGAGUUGGAGGAGGAAAAAGAAGAAGACAGUAUAGAUACGAAGAGGGAAAUGACAGAUAAUAAAGGGAAAGGAAAGAAGAAGGCGGUGAAGGAAAAUACCGAGGAAGUCAAUGAAGAAGAUAAAGAAAAUGACGAGGAAAAUGAAGGUGAUGACGGCGAUGACGAUGGACAUAAAGAGGUAGACCAAGGAGAAGGUGGAUACAAAAGAAGAGGUAACGGAGAUAAUGCGAAACUGAAGCUCCUCGAUGAUUUGAUUCGUGAGCUGAAGGCACCGGAACCAAGCCAAAGAGAAGAUAAAGUGUGUGACGGCUACUGUCUGUAGUCGGACUGUCAGAGGAAACACAUUAUACGUUCACAACUUUUGCUUAGUCCUUAAAAAUUCUAAGUUUUCUUUAUUUUAUCUCUCCUUUAAUUGCUCCUCUUCUUUGUUUUAUAGGAAUUAUACUUAAGAUUUUCCUGCAUUAUACUGGCGUAUUAAAUUCAAUUUUAAUGUGAAGAUCGUACUUAAUUCAAAAGAAUAUCUGCACUUUCAAAUGUUUGUAUACCACUGUAGU